AUCUUCAAACAGCCUUUAGCAGCAUUAAUGAACAGAGGAUGCAAAAGUUCACAGAUAUUAUUUUGGCUAGUUAUUCAAAUUUUGCCAGAUUUGCUUGAGGCUAAAACAGUCCAUGGAGUAUUUAAUACAUAUGUUGCACAAGGAGAGAAAGGACAAUAUGUUACUUCAUUUGCUUUUCAUGGUAAAUAAAUAAUUAUUUAUUUAUAGAUACAUGCACAUUUAAGCAUAAAAUUAGGUUGUGGUAGUCUUUCCAGAUUUUGUAAACACAGAUUUUUCACCAAUAGUAAUAAUUUAUAAAAUUGUUAAAACAUAGUUAUGCGGUGCCAUGGUAUUAAGGCUGCCUUGCCCUAGCUAACCAUUUUAAAUGGGAAACUUUGUGUCAACAAAUUAAAGAAAUAAUCUUUUAAUAUAUUUAGUUUCAAACACAUUUCCUUGCAUAAAUAGGAUUAAAUAUCAAUGUUAACUACUGCCAUCAAACAGCAUAAUAUUGUCAAAUCAUAUGCACACAAAAAAAUAUUUGUAAAACUUUUAGUUUAUGGAUCCAAGCAUCUAUACAGUUUUCUUAAACUUUUCUUUCAAAAAUAACUUUUAAAAAAUGGUCGUUAUAUAUCAACCAUUUUUUGUUGUUGCAGGUAAUGCUGUAUUAAAUUUUACAGUGAACACAACAGGUACAGAACCAAAGUUGUAUCUGUUUGUGUCUGAAGAUUGGAAAAAUGCUGCAGGUGAUACAAACUGUUAUCGACGGCUUGCCAAGGCUAGGACUAUAAGUAAGAAAUUUUUUUAUUAUGAGUUACGACCAUAUAGGUCUUUACGACCAAAAAAAACUAUUUUUGGAGAGAAAAGAGAAAAUGGGUUUAGAAACAACAGAUAUGAUUUUGGAACCAACUCAAAUUGAAAAAAGUAGGGGGCAUUCAUGGGCAAGGGUACUCUCUUUUGACAAAAUUUUGGACUUAUCCCAUAUAAUAAAAUCUUUUGUAAUCUGAGAGAUAAAAUGAAAAUAACCAAUAAUAAUUGAAUCGUAUGAAAAGUUGAUUAUUUUAUUAAAUUUUUAAAAAGCAAUUACACAAUUUAAAUCAAUGAAUCUCAGAUAAGUAAAUUAAUUUUUGAUUAAAAUGAUGUGUCACAAUUAAUUUUUAUGCAGCAUUUAAAUGUCUUUGUAUAGAGAUAAAUGAAGAGCUUUGAUUUGAAUUAUUAGAGGAAAAUGUUGGCAUGUACUUCCGAUGAAUUUGAGUCUCAUUUUAACUUUCUCAGUUCGCAUCAAUGAGACUAGUGGAACUCGUGCUAUCUCUCACUAUGUAACGCCUCGCAUUUGGCACAUAGUUUAUGCUGACCUAUUCACAUGUGAGCAGGGCAGGCCCAAAAUACCUGUGGAGGAACCUAAUGUUAUUGAAUACACAUUGCAGUUGUUAAAUCCUGAUAGCCUUGGAAAUCCAACAGAACACUUCAGUGAUCAGGAGACCGGUAUGUAGACAAUUACAGAUUUUUGUUUGUUUCAUGUGGUGCCUUUAAAAAAGUUUAAAUUUCCCACUAAUUUAACUCUAAUAAUAACAAUUUUUUAAGGGCAUAAUGCUGCAUGGUAAUAUUAUAAUGCAGUUUUAUUUUUUCCCAGGGCUUCUCAAGUUUUACCAGCUCUUGUCUUUGAUUUACUUCGUGGUGGCCUGUGUGGUUGCACCCCAGUUGUGGGACACGCUCAGUAAAGGUGGCCCCAUGCAGCUUGUCAUUCAGCUCCUCACACUGUCCAUGUCACUUCAGGCAGUUGCCGCAUUUAUAAUAAUAAUACAUUUUUACAGGUACAUUAGUUUUUAAAUAUUGUUUGUGCCUUCCAAUUGUUUAAUAAUACUUUUCUCUUUAGAAAUAUUUAUUACUUACCUAUUACUUACAUGAAAGAAUUAGACACUAAGUUCAAUUAAUGUGAUCUAACAUAAAGACAUUUUUUCUCCAUUUAUGUGCUCAUAACAAUGAAAAUAAAAUGAAUUUAAGACCAAAACAAAAAAAAUGAGAAAACAAGAAUUUAUGUUUCAAUAAUAAAUUAAGGCUACAUAUCUUUGUAAGUGUUAUUUUGUUGUUCUGAUUUAUAGCCUCAAUACCACUACAACUAAGAUAUAAUCGGCACACUUUGUGCAAAUUUGCACAAGGACCUCAAAUUUCUGGAUCCUUGAAUUUUAAAUACAUACAAGCUAUAAUAAUAAUUACAGAGGGGAUGUUUCUUGUCUGUCCCACUCUCAUUGCACACAGGCUGCACUCUCAUGCACUGCUCCCCUGUCCUGAGCUUGAUAAUGUUCACACCAAAUGCACACAAAAGAAAUUUAUAAAAAAAAGUUUGUGCUGAAAUACCAGAUAAGGACACAGAUCCUAGUCUUUAUGACAUUGUAAAUAGUAAGAUGGUCCAUGUUUGCCAAAGAACCCUCAAAGUCCGUGGAUCUGGAAUUAUUAUUAUAGAUUAUGCACCUCUUCCUGUAUUUUGCAAGCUCACAGUUUUUGCAUUGCCCCAGCUGGAUAUUAUGCUUGACCUAUAAUUUUGGAACAUUGUCCUAGCAAAUGUUAUUUGUCUAUUACCCACAUGUUUUCAAGACAGCACAAUAAGUAACCUAUUAAUAUAACAAUUGUUUAGCUGAAAUUUUAUUGCAGUUUAUUAUUUAAAAAUGUAAUAAAAACAAAGAACUUGAAAAAUGAAUGUGCUCAUGAGUAUAAUGAGAAAACCUGGCGUAUAUGUUAAGGAAGAAGGCACUGCUGCUAUUUCUUUGUUUUAAUCACUGCUUUGUCAUACUGUAGGUACUCAAGAGAUGGAGUGGGAUCCCCUAUUAUUGAACUACUAUCAGAAUGUACGUAGUAAUUAAAAUGUAAUAAUUUCUUUAAAUUUUAAGGGGAAAAAAUGCAUUUUUUGUGUGGCAUAUUUUAAAUUAAUUUUUUUUCCCACAUGUUCAGUAUAUUAUAAAGUGUACAGAACUCAUUUAACCAGUGAGAACCACUUCAUGUCAUUCCUGCCGAAGACAAUAGGGGACUGGAACAAGCUUCCAAAAGCAACAGUUGAGGCGGCUACACUCGAUACAUUUGUGUCUAUUGCCUCCUGUAUUCCAACCCCCAGUUCGUAACACCACUGCUGAGUCACCUUUGCAACCAGUGAAGCAUCCCAUUGAAACCCAUGCACAGUAACAUUGCAAACCCCUCUGAAACAUAGGAGCCAGAAUGAUCAAUUCAUUGAUCGUGGGCCCUCAAAAUAAAGAAGAAAGAAGAAGAUGUCAAUGUAUUUUAUCUGUAUUUUACAAUUUAAAAAAAAAAAGAAAGACUUUAGUCAAAGCUGAUAUGGUGUGAAACUAACUCUUAUCACCACAAUAAUAAUUAAGACUAUAUACACAACUGAAAUGGUUUUAAACAAGCCAUUAUCAUCAUAAUAAAAAUAGAGAAAUGUUGUGCGGUCAAAUAACCAUGACUUUUUUUUUUUAAAUUUCAGUUUUGGACAUGCUUUCGCAGUUUACCAUGCUAUUCAUGCUGCUCAGCCUGUCCCUGGGGUGGUCCCUGGCCUCUGCCCACUCUGUAUGUCGAUACUCACAUCUGCGCACCAUCAGUAAAAGAAUAUCUGCUCGAGUCGUUUUUGUGCUAGGUAUUAUGCAGGUAUGUUUUGUACUUUUUUUUUUAUUGGUCUGGCUGCUUUUUAAACUCAUUUACUUUUGAACAGCGAGCAGCCCAGACAAUUAGGCUCUAUUUUUAGCUAAUGAGUUAAUGACUAAAGCAUAUAUGUGAUUUGAAUUUUCACAGUCAUCACUAUAUCAGUCAUCACUUGUAUAAUGCAAUUUUCUUACAAUUUAAAUAUGUUGACCUGAAAAAAAUGGCCUUUAAAUUUAAAGUUUGAACAUAUCUGGUCACGUUUGGAUGCAUAUGGAUUACAGGCAAUGGUACCGAUGUUUUAUUCAUUCAGAGUGUUACUACUUUGUUUACUCCUUUCCUGAUGUUGAUUGCUCUGUGUUUAUGACUUUCACAGAGUGUAUUAUUAUCUUAAUGGUUUCAGUUUUCAAGAUCAGAGCUUCAAGGGAGUGGUGGGGAGGGAAUAGUGAAGAAGUGCUGCUAAAUUUCAUGUUAAGCUGGUAUGGAAUAUUACUGGCAGGAACUCUCUCCACUAAAACAUGGUGGACCAUUGCUAUAAAAGAGCCACAUUAAAAUCAAUUACAUGAAUUUUUUUCUGACUAUCUGAGACUGGAAGCAUAUCAAUGUUCUUGGAAAAUUUGCUUUUUCAUUUCUUUUUAUUUCAUUUAAGUUAUUUUUCCUUAUUGAGUCAAUUAAUGUUGAUACCUCAACUUUAUUAAUUUUUCAUUCAUAAACCUUUGUAAAUAGUAACAGGUAAUUUCAUCACAUCAUCUGGUUUCAGUCUUACACUUAAAAAAAAAUAGCCCAUUGUAAAACCGAGUUUAUUUUAUUGCAUUAUUUCUCCAUCAGGGUCUUCUCUUCAUGUGGGAGCAGAGUCUGGAUCAAAGCCGCAGGUUGUACCAUGCCCAGCGUAGUUAUGCAGGCAUCUCUUUAGUUGUGCUGCGUAUACUUCUUGCAGGAAUGUUUGCCAUCAAGUUGAAACAGCUGAUUGCCUCAGAGCGGAGCAGCCUGAAAAGAAAGUUCUAUAGUUCAUUUACUAAGGUGAAGCAUUUAAAUAAGUUGAACCAGGAAUGGUUUUUAAAUUUCUCACCCCUAUUUUCAGAUUUGUUAUUCUUUAAAAAAAACAACAACAUUUAUUUAACACUGAAAAAAAACAACAAAGGACUCUGGUUCCUCCGUUAAAAUCGAUCUUUUUACAAUAGUCAGAGGAUGGGCAUUUUAACUUUACUUGUGUUUUUUCUUUUAAAUUGUAGAAUUCAACUUGCUCCUGCCAUUAAAAGUCCGAUAUGCUUGAGUUUUUUUUUCCCAACAAUUAUGUUCAAGUAGUUUUUUUUUUUUUUUCAUUCAGUGUAAUAUGCUCAAUGUUCUUUUCAUGCAUCAUCUUUAGUUUUUUGCUUUUAAGCAGAACUAUUCUUUAUAAAAUGUUUUUAAAAAAGCAAGCUAAGGCUUCAUUUUAAUUUAUUUAUUGGGAAAGCUUUAUAAAUGUUUUAAAAUAAAAAAAAAAAAUACUUGAGUUUUUUUUUCCCAACAAUUAUGUUCAAGUAGUUUUUUUUUUUUUUUCAUUCAGUGUAAUAUGCUCAAUGUUCUUUUCAUGCAUCAUCUUUAGUUAUUUGCUUUUAAGCAGAACUAUUCUUUAUAAAAUGUUUUUAAAAAAGCAGGCUAAGGCUUCAUCUGAAUUUAUUUAUUGGGAAAGCUUUAUAAAUGUUUUAAACUAGUCACAUAUUGUUGCAUGUACUUUAUUGUUACCAUGUUAUUUCAAUGUUUUCCCCCUUCAGAAUUGUGUACUAAGUUUGCCUACAUGUUUUUUAAUUCACAGUUGUGUAUGAUGUGGUUUCUGUGCUAUCCAGUUAUUGUGCUAUCUACAAUGAUAUUUUCAGAAUACCUACGAUAUAAGGUAACAAUUUUAUACGUCUUUCCUAUGUCUAGAAUUAAAUUUGUCAUGUUACAUGUGCAGACCUGUUUACCCCCAAACUCUUAAAAUCGUACAAUAUCACUACAAAAUCGUUCAAUACAUUAUCUUAAUAGUAAAAAAAACACAUAGUGUAUAUAAUGCAUACACCUCAAAAUCAUACAUUGUACGCCAAAAUCGUAAGAGUAAACAGGUCUGCAUGUGGUAUCGAAUUUUGAACUUUGAACCAAAAUUAUUACAAAUAUCUUGAAAAAAAAUUGUAUUGUACCGAUGGCACUAAUUUACAAACCUUUGACAUAUAAAUUUAUUUUGACUAUUAUUAUUAUUAUUUAUUAUUUCUUAUUUAAAAAUCUUCAAUUCAAGCUAAUGUUUUGAAUUUGAAUCAUUUAAUAUUUUAAAAUCUGCCCUCAUACAUGCCCAUAUACAAGAUAUUUUACUGUGACUUGUAUGAGAGACAAUUUGAUGACUACUGUUAAUUUUGUAUGUCGAUUACAAUAGCUCAUCCGAAACGGCUGUAAAACUGGUUGUCUUUCCCCAAUGAUUUAAGCUGAUACAGCCAUUUAAAAAAAAGACACUUUGCUCUUGAGACUUGACAGUGUAAAGAUAGGUUUAUUUCUGCUCUGUUCACAGCUGAUCACCAUGGGUGUUCUCAUCUGCCAGUCUAUAGCGGGUGUCCUACUUUACCGCCUCUUCUUGUCUCGCAGCCUUUAUUGGGAGGUGUCUGCCCUUUCAAGUUCGCUCCCCUUGCGGUUUGACCAUAGAUCUGGUUUGAAGCUGUACUCCUGA